CUCAAAACUCUGACCAGCGACCACAGAGUUUUGGUUUCACUCAUCCAAUGUCUGUUUCACUGUCUUUGACUUUUGGUUGUGGCAGCUUAGCUAGGUAAGAGUAAUAUAUGUCACACAAUCACAAUCCAAUGAAUCACGAAGCAGAGCAGAAAAUCCCAUGGAAUGAAUAAUCAUAUCAUACACAUAUUUUUCUUCCACUGUUCCUGGCUUGGGAAAAUUCACGUAGCGUGUGCCUCAAAAUUGUUGCUAUGCACGCUAUAAGCGGUAAAAUUGAUUUCAAAACUUCAAAUCUUUUGAAAUUAUCAUCAGACAGACAUUGACUUCAAUAUAAGUGUCUGAUAUCUUUAUUUUCUGAAAAACUAUAAAUAGUUUGGGAAAAUAAAAUUCAUACAAGCUUUACAAUUCAUUUUAAGAGGCAAUAAAUACUAACACUUUAUUGUGAAUGAAACCGCGUGGUUGGACACAACCUUUGACACACACCAGGCUUCCAAGUCUUUCUCAUUGUUGUUACUGAUAAAGUCACACGAUUGAAAGCUCAGAGUCGCAUCACUUUGUUUUUCAAUCCUUCUUUCUUCCUCUUCUCACCUUCAAAAACAAUUCCCAUCUGCCAAAGCCAUUGUUUUGGCCUCAAAACACACAAGUUCACAUUUUUUUUUUUGCAUAUCCCCAUCAUCUUCUUUAAUCUUCCUUCGUUUUAAGAUUUUUGCCUGUGAGAGAAACUUGUGAACUCGGUUCCUUCUUUCACCCUCUUGGCCUAGCUCAGCUCAGAAACUCUGCUCCUUGGGUACAAGAAAGAGGAUAUUAUUAUCAAUACCAUGGUUUUGCAGGUUUCUCUCAUUGUGGUUCUCCUUGUGACAUGCUCCUGUGUCGUGGAAGCCUUUUCUGGGAAUCACGAUCACCGUCACAACCAAAAUGGAUCUUCUAUGGCUGCCAUAAAGUUUCCUGAUCAUCCAAGCUUCAGUGGUGUUUCUUCUUCCGGGGACACUGAUUGCAGCCUCUCGAGUUCUACCAUGACAUCAGGUGAAGAAACUGACGAAGAAGGUGAGGCUUUUCCAAAUCCAAAACCGCACAAGCAAUUGGUGAAACUCCACCUAAAACACAGGUCAGGGAGAGAAGACGCUGAGCCUAAACAAUCUGUGGUUGAUUCCACCGUAAGGGAUUUGAUCAGAAUUCAAAACCUUCACAGAAGGGUGAUAGAGAAGAAGAAUCAAAACGCAAUUUCAAGGCUGCAGAAGUCACAGGACCAACCAAAGCAAACCUCGGAGGCUGUGGUUGCUCCGGGGGCUUCGCCGGCAAGUGGGGUUUCCGGGCAGCUUGUGGCAACUUUGGAAUCCGGGGUGAGUCUUGGCUCUGGUGAGUACUUCAUGGAUGUGUUUGUGGGCACACCCCCUAAGCAUUUCUCUCUGAUACUUGAUACUGGUAGUGACCUUAAUUGGAUCCAAUGUGUUCCUUGCAUUGCGUGUUUUGAGCAAAGUGGAGCAUACUAUGACCCCAAAGAUUCUAGUUCUUUUAGGAAUAUAAGCUGUGAUGAUCCACGGUGCAAACUGGUUUCAUCCCCUGAUCCACCUAGGCCUUGCAAAGGUGAGAAUCAGAGCUGUCCCUACUUCUACUGGUAUGGAGAUGGUUCAAACACAACUGGGGAUUUUGCAUUGGAAACCUUCACCGUUAAUCUCACCACUCCUUCUGGGGGGUCAGAGCUGAAGCAUGUGGAGAAUGUGAUGUUUGGAUGUGGCCAUUGGAAUAGAGGUCUCUUUCAUGGUGCUGCUGGUUUGCUAGGGUUGGGGAGAGGACCAUUGUCAUUUGCUUCUCAGAUGCAAUCUCUCUAUGGCCAAUCAUUUUCCUAUUGUCUUGUGGAUAGAAAUAGCAAUGCAAGUGUGAGUAGUAAAUUGAUUUUUGGUGAGGACAAGGAGCUGCUCAGCCACCCCAAUCUAAAUUUCACUUCUUUUGCUGCUGCAAAAGAGGGUUCAGUUGACACAUUUUACUAUGUCCAGAUAAAGUCUGUAAUGGUUGAUGGUGAGGAGUUGAAGAUACCUGAGGAGACUUGGCAUUUGUCAGCAGAAGGUGCUGGUGGCACCAUCAUUGAUUCUGGCACCACAUUAACAUAUUUUGCUGAACCUGCUUAUGAGAUUAUCAGGGAGGCUUUUGUGAAGAAGAUUAAGGGCUAUGAACUCAUUGAAGGUCUUCCUCCUUUAAAGCCAUGUUACAAUGUGUCGGGAAUUGACAAGAUGGAGCUACCUGACUUUGGAAUUUUAUUUUCUGAUGGAGCAGUGUGGAAUUUCCCGGUGGAGAAUUACUUUAUCCAGAUUGAUUCUGAUAUUGUUUGCUUGGCUAUUUUGGGAACUUCUCCUUCUGCUCUUUCAAUAAUCGGAAACUAUCAGCAGCAGAAUUUCCACAUACUAUAUGACACGAAGAAAUCCAGACUUGGGUAUGCACCAAUGAAGUGUGAUGAUGUUUAACAUUUUCUUGGAUUUGUGUCGGAGAUUCCUCGUCGAUCAAUGAAAAAUAACACGAUUUCAUAUGAAAUCGUGUUAUUUCUGAUCAACGUAGGAUCUUCCUAUGCUCCUGUAUAGUUUCGUACUAGCAAACACGGUGAGUCAGGAGGUAGAAUUUUGGAUUUUCCCUCGGAUGAAAAUUGGAAGGUGAUACACACAAAAAUAAAGAAACAAAUAAGGAGUGAUUAUAGAACUAGGCUUCAGACAAUUACACAAACCGGGUCAUAACAGACACAAAUAUUGCUUUUUGUACACAUUUUAACUGCUUCAAUUUUGAGUGUCUCAUUUAAUUGUAAUACUUUGUUCUUUCUAUUCUAUAAGAUGUUGUCUCUACAUUCUCAAA